AUGCAGCCUCCACCCCUGACGCAGCCUCCACCACUGACGCAGCCCCUCACCCCUGACGCAGCCUCCACCCUGACGCAGUCUUCACCCCUGACGCAGUCUUCACCCCUGACGCAGUCUUCACCCCUGACGCAGCCUUCACCCCUGACGCAGCCUCCACCCCUGACGCAGCCUCCACCCCCUGACGCAGCCUCCACCCCUGACGCAGCCUCCACCCCUGACGCAGCCUUCAUCCCUGACGCAGCCUCCACCCCUGACGCAGCCUUCACCCUGACGCAGCCUCCACCCCGGACGCAGCCUCCACCCCUGUCGCAGCCUCCAUCCCUGACGCAGCCUCCACCCCUGACGCAGCCUCCACCCUGA